AUGAGCUUCUUAUUUUCCGCUGAUUCGAGCAGUAAUAGGAAGAAGACAAAACCAAGUUUUGAAUCCAUAAAAAGCUCCGACGCUUAUAGGGAGCUAACAACGCUUUCAACUGUACAAAGAGCUAAAGAACUAAGACAGGAUAAUAUAUUUAAGAUUGUUUCUAAUGAAGCAAAUCAAGUAAAAGUUGAUAUUUUGGACAUCCACGCUCGUCUCUUGGCUGAAAUAGAAUCCGAGAAAUUGCAAGCAGAUGAGAUAAAUCAGAAACUAAAAACUUCAGCAAAUAAACUUGAUCGCAUUGCUAAAAGGGUGACAAGACUUCGAAAUAAGCACGAUGCAAAUACUAAGCAUCAAUUAAAAGAAAUUGCUAGGCAUAUUACUGACAUUAGCGAAAGCCUGGCUGAUUUUAAUGUUAUGAUUACUGAGAUAGUAGGUCUUUUAGGAAACGUGGAUUUGAGUUUACCUGAAAAAGAUAGAUUGAUUAACAACCAACAGUUAAAUGAAAUACAUUAUCCGCUACUUUAUGACCUUUUCAGGGGAAAGUUUCCAUCUAGAUUUGAGAAACAUGAAACACCAUGUAUUUACAAUGGUACGGAUAUGAGCCCACAACCAAUUCAGCAAUCAGAGACAGAGCUUCAUACGGCCAAUUCAGUAAUGAAACCAACUCUUAAUGAACCUCAAAUAAUGCAACCUUUAUCCUCCGGGAUGGAGCUUGGUGGAAAUGGUUUGAUUGAUCAGUCUCCAAAUAUGACUAAUGACCAUUUUAAGGACAGUUUCUCAGGUAAUGUUAUGUCCGUCGGAUAUAGAAAAGACGCAGACUUAUCUUCCUCUGAAGAUCCCUUAGCCAACACAUUUAAUAAGGAACCCAUACCAAAUAAACUACUUUUGCCUAAGUUCCAAAGAUCGGCACCGCCUCAAACAGCAGCGACGCUAGAGAACGUUCAUAUAACAGAGCCGUUUUCUGCUACUUCAGGCCGCACAACUUGA